GAAUAAUUAUGCUUUACCCAUGGAGGAAAUCAAGAAGAGCGAAGGGGAGAAAAGCAGCAUAGAUAUAGGUUUUGAAGAUAUUAUAUAACUCUGCUUAAGAAGUUUCCAGUUGAUAGAUCACCAACAGAUUUAGAUAUCUUAUACAACUAUUUUAAUGCAAAGACCGGUACUAGAAAGCCGAUUCAGUUCUUUGAGAAAUGAAAAGAAGAAAAUGGGGAAGCUACAGUCAGGAUGUUGUGAGAGGUUCUACAUUACCAAAAAUAACAAUAUUAACGAGAGAGUCAUUAAUUUUGGAGAGAUCGGAUCAAAGUUUUACAUAAAUCUUAAAGGAGAAGUCGCUGUACGAGUGCCUGCAUUGAUCCAGAAGGCAGGGACUCUAAUGCAAAUAAUAGAGUUUAUUGUAACUGAAUACGAGUGGAUCACCGAUAAUGAGAUGUUUCAACGCUGCCUUGCUGAGAUCAACAGAUAUUACCCUUACAUCGUUAUAAGAAAUAAGAAUGAAAGACUUUGCCUAAACAUGAGGCUGUGAAAAUAAGAUAUUCGACCCUAGAAGAGACAAGGAGGGGAAAUAUCAAAGAUAUUACGACAGAAUCCCUGAGUUUGAAGCAGAUGACUUCGGCAGAAAAGAGAAGGAGUACAGAUUCGAUUGUCUAGUUGAUGUAGUUCAUCUAAAGGAAGGAGGGUCCUUUGGAGAACUCGCCCUUAUCAACAACACUCCUCGGUCAGCUACUAUCUGUACUGUAACUGAGUGCCACUUCGCUACAAUACAGAAAGAUGAUUUCAAGCUUACACUUGGGAAAGUAAUGAGGAAAUAAAUUUGUGAAAAUGAUUAAAUUCAUGGAAAAUUUCUCAAUCCUCAGCCAACUCUCAAGACUUGCUCUUGAGAAAUUCGCUCUGUAUUUUUCCAAAUAUGAGGUGAAGCGCGGUAAACAGAUCAUGGUAGAGCAAGAAGAUGCUAGUUAUGUAUGCUUUAUAGAAGAGGGAGAAUUUGAAAUAUCAAAAACUGUAUUAUUCGAAAAAGACAAGAUCAAGAAAGGAAUUGAAGAGCAUACCGAUAGGUAUCGAGCUGAUUUUCUAAGGUAUAUCACCCCAGAAUUUCCUGAGAAGCUCGAACAUCUGAUCAACCAGCAGACAGGGAUCUUGUUCUCAAGUGAAAAUGAUGAGCUGGGUCGGUUCAAGAAAAAUAGCAGAUGCUUUAAGAAAGAAAGGACUGAAAAAAUUUCUAUUAUUGGCAAGAAUGAAACUACUGGUAUUGUCGAAGUCCUUCUUGGCUGUCCUUAUUAUGCCUGUACUGUGACAUGCAUCUCUGGAACUGGAAUUUAUCACAAGGUUAAUAAAGAAGAUCUUUUCCGUAAAAUUGACCCGCUCAAUCCGAAUUUAUUACAGCUAGUCAAGCAAAAAUUGAUCCUCAUGAGCAAAACCACUUCAAAAUUUCUGGGUGUUCAAAGGACCUUACAACAAGAUUUCAAUGCUUCGCAAGAGGACAUUUCUCCUCAGCACACUAGCCCAGUUCAGGCAGAUGAGCUCAAAAAGCUAUUCAAGUACAAAGAAAUCUUCAUUGAGCCGAAGAAAGAGCUUUCUCAGUCAAGAAAGCUAAAGAAGUCCAAGAAUGCUAAUUCUAAUUAAAGAAAUUGAUAACCUAGAGAUUGAAGCUUUAUUAGCCAAUCAGAAGAGUAAGGGUAAGAAGAGGCGACUGUUGUCUAUUAGUCGAGCUUUGCAGGAUACUAACCAACUCAAGAAGAACCUUGAGCGGUCUUAUUUCUUAUCUAAAGCCCAUACAACUAAGAAUAAGGAAGUUAAGGCAUACUCUAAGUUUAAGAAGCAAAAUUUUAUGGUUCCAAACGCAUCUCCCGUUCAGGAUUCUGUCAAGAAAGCUACUAGGUCAAGUAAAUUUAACAGCAAUCUCAAAAUUGGUAAACUUCUGAAAUAUACUGGUGUUGAUGCUAACAGAAUGAAAAAGGCUUCACCCCUUGAAAGCCUUCAUCCAAACAUAGGAAAUUCUAACAAGCAGAGCAAUCCUGGCACGCCUUCUGAGCGUUCUGGAACAGUAUCUUAUGCUAAAUAAAGACGAAAUUCGGGAAUCAAAAGGAAAAGUUUACAGUCUCCCUUUUAGAAUAAUUCCGAAUCUUCCAGGGAGGUGUUCCACUUUAGAUACUAGAAACCCUGAUUCCUCCUUCAGAAACUAUGCAAAAAGGAGGAAAUCAGAUAACGGUAUUCCCAUUGGGGCCACUUUCAAAUAUUGCUCUGCCUUAAAGACUCUAAAUUAUUCUGAAAAUAACCCCAAUGAGAUAAUGCAGAACUUAAUGAUCAGUCCGAAAGCUGUCUUUCCUAACCCUCAUGAAUAUGGCAACUAUCCGGCACAGAAGACCGAUUCUAACAGAAAAAGCCUUAAAAAUUUAGACCUAGCAGCUAUAGACGACAGGUUCGGCUUCUUGGAGUCAACUGAAGUUGCCCAGAGCCAGGAAUCUCAGCCACAGAGUAUAGUAAACGCUCUGAACCAGAGGAAGCUAUCCAUCGACCAAGCCCGUUUGAAGAAUGCUAAUAAAAAUUAUCACAAAUAUUUCAGAGAUUUCGUGACUAUGGAGCAAGCAAUGCAUGAACACAAGAACAAGGCUUUUCAUCCAAUGCCAAAGAAAAAUUCUCAGAGAUUUAAACCUCAAAAAUCGCCGAGAAAGAUGUUAAAAUUACCUCAAAAUGCUUAUAAUUCAAAGGUAUUAAGUCAAGAUUUGACCCCGACAGUCACUGCUUUAAAGUCACAAGAGCUGUUCAAUAUUAUCGGUUUUAAGAAUGGACUGAAAAAUGGCAAAAGGACAGCACAGUUUUGAAGAAGAAUGUCUAGUGAUACGAAAAAUGAGACUAUUUUUUCUAAGAGAAGACAAUCAACUUAGAUUAUUUUAGUAUCAAAAGAAGAGACAUGAUAGAUUAAAAGAAAAUCAUAGUAAA